CCGUUAGCCCGCCCGCGGACUAGCUCGCGGGCUCGCUCGGCGGUGCUGUGAGGUGUACAGAUCGUCGAGCACCGUGCUCGGUGCGAUGCGGUGGCGGUCGUGGCGGGGCCGCGGGCCGGGAGGGCGAGGGCGGGGAUGAGUGUGGACGGCCACCGCCAUGUCCAAGGUAACGGGGCCCGGGCCCGUGGCGGCGGCAGCGGCGGGCGGGAAGGAGAAGCGCUCCUUCAGCAAGCGGCUGUUCCGGAGUGGCCGCCCGGGCGGCGGAGGCGCCGGGGGCCCCGGAGCGCCCGGGCCGGCCGCGCCCUCCUCGCCGUCGUCGGCUCGCUCGGUGGGCAGUUUCAUGAGUCGCGUCCUCAAGACGCUGUCCACGCUCUCGCACCUGAGCUCCGAGGGCGGCAGCCCGGACCGCGGCGGCCUCCGCGGCUGCUUCCCGUCCGGCCCGCCCGCGCCUCCACCCUGCCCGCCGCCCACCGAGCCCGCUCCGGCGCCCGCGCCCACGUCGCCCGCCUCCGAGCCAGUCCCUGGGGUGGCGGGACUCCGGAACCACGGGAACACGUGCUUCAUGAACGCCACGCUGCAGUGCCUCAGCAACACUGAGCUCUUCGCCGAGUACCUGGCGCUCGGCCAGUACCGCGCCGGCCGGCCCGACCCUGAGCCCGAGUCGCCCGCCGGCAGUACCUCUGGAGAGGUCACUGAGCAGCUGGCGCACCUGGUGCGCGCCCUCUGGACGCUGGAGUAUACGCCGCAGCACAGCCGCGACUUCAAGAGUAUUGUGUCAAAGAAUGCACUGCAGUACCGUGGAAAUGCCCAGCAUGAUGCCCAGGAGUUUCUGUUGUGGCUUCUGGACCGAGUUCAUGAAGACCUCAAUCAUGCUGUGAAGCAGAGUAGCCAGCCUCCUGUGAAGCCACCGUCAGAGACUGAUAUGAUACCUGAGGGACCAUCUUUUCCUGUCUGUAGCACUUUUGUACAGGAACUUUUUCAAGCCCAGUACCGAUCUUCUUUGACAUGUCCUCAUUGUCAGAAGCAGAGCAAUACUUUUGACCCUUUCCUCUGCAUUUCUUUGCCAAUUCCUCUACCCCACACAAGGCCUCUCUAUGUCACUGUAGUAUAUCAAGGGAAGUGUUCUCACUGCAUGAGAAUUGGCGUAGCUGUGCCUCUGUCUGGGACUGUCGCCAGGCUUCGGGAAGCAGUGUCCAUGGAAACAAAGAUCCCCACUGAUCAGAUUGUGUUAACAGAAAUGUACUAUGAUGGGUUCCAUCGUUCCUUUUGUGACACAGACGACCUGGAAACAGUCCAUGAAAGCGAUUGCAUUUUUGCCUUUGAGACUCCAGAAAUAUUCAGGCCUGAAGGAAUUCUCAGUCAGAGAGGAAUCCACUUAAACAACAAUCUAAACCACGUAAAAUUUGGCUUGGAUCAUCAUAGACUGUCUUCUCCUACACAAGCAGCAGCAAAGCAAGGGCAAGUGGACUUGCCCAUGACAAGAGCAGUGACGGACAAGAUUGUUCUGUUAGUGUGUAACCGAGCCUGCACAGGGCAACAAGGGAAAAGGUUUGGGCUGCCGUUUGUGCUGCACUUGGAGAAGACAGUAGCCUGGGACCUGUUGCAAAAGGAGAUCUUGGAGAAGAUGAAGUAUUUCCUGAAGCCCACAGUGUGCAUUCAAGUGUGUCCAUUCAGUUUGCGUGUGGUCAGUGUGGUGGGAAUCACAUACUUGCUGCCCCAGGAGGAGCAGCCACUGUGCCACCCAACAGUAGAAAGGGCAUUAAAGUCUUGUGGACCAGGUGGCACUGCUCAUGUGAAAUUAGUGGUAGAAUGGGACAAGGAGACAAAAGAUUUUUUGUUUGUAAAUACUGAAGAUGAAUAUAUCCCUGAUGCAGAAAGUGUCCGUCUGCAAAGGGAGCAUCAUCAUCAACCUCAAACUUGCACUUUAUCCCAGUGUUUCCAACUCUACACCAAAGAGGAGCGGCUGGCCCCUGAUGAUGCCUGGCGCUGCCCACACUGCAAGCAGCUGCAGCAGGGGAGCAUCACUUUGAGCCUCUGGACCCUGCCUGAUGUGCUCAUCAUACACCUGAAGAGGUUUCGACAGGAAGGAGACAGGCGCAUGAAACUUCAGAACAUGGUCAAGUUCCCCUUGACUGGCCUGGACAUGACGCCUCAUGUGGUUAAGAGAAGCCAGAGCAGCUGGAGUUUGCCAUCCCAUUGGUCUCCAUGGCGACGACCUUAUGGACUCGGGAGGGACCCUGAGGACUACAUCUAUGACCUGUAUGCUGUGUGCAAUCAUCAUGGCACCAUGCAAGGGGGGCACUACACAGCCUACUGUAAGAACUCUGUGGAUGGUCUCUGGUAUUGCUUUGAUGACAGUGAUGUGCAGCAGCUGUCAGAAGAUGAGGUUUGCACACAGACGGCUUACAUCCUUUUCUACCAGAGACGGACAGCAAUACCGUCAUGGUCGGCUAACAGCUCAGUGGCAGGCUCCACAAGUUCUUCCCUGUGUGAGCACUGGGUGAGCCGGCUCCCGGGGAGCAAGCCAGCCAGCGCGACCUCUGCAGCUUCCUCCAGGCGCACCUCCCUGGCCUCACUGUCUGAGUCUGUGGAGAUGACUGGAGAAAGGAGUGAAGAUGAUGGAGGUUUCUCAACACGACCAUUCGUGAGGAGUGUCCAGCGUCAGAGCUUGUCAUCCAGGUCUUCUGUCACCAGCCCCUUGGCCGUCAAUGAAAAUUGCAUUAGACCUUCUUGGUCCCUGUCGGCUAAGCUGCAGAUGCGCUCCAACUCUCCUUCCCGGUUCUCAGGGGACUCUCCAAUUCACAACUCUGCCUCCACCUUAGAGAAGAUUGGGGAGGCAGUGGAUGACAAGGUCUCCAUCUCUUGCUUUGGUAGCUUGAGGAACCUUUCUAGCAGUUACCAGGAACCAAGCAAUGGUCCCAGUCAGUGGGAGCACAAAGCUGUGGGCCGGGCCCCUCUUGCUAUAAUGGAAGGUGUGUUCAAAGAUGAAUCAGAUGCCUGCAAAUUGAACUCUGGUGUUGUAGAUGCACAGAGCAAAAACUUAGCACAAGGGGCUCACUUGGCUCCCAUCUCUGAUCCAUUUGAUAACAAUAACCAGAUAGCUUAUGUGGAUCAGAGUGAUUCCGUAGACAGCUCUCCUGUCAAAGAGGUGAAACCCCCAAGCUACCCAGGCUCCCUCACAAAGAAACCAGAGAGCACAACCAAGAGCUCCCCCAGCUCCAAAGGUGCUUCUGAGCCAGAUAAAAGCUUGCAGAAGGGGAGAUCAGCCUUGACAAGCCAGGAAUCAUCUCUGUCAAGUACUUCCCCAUCUUCUCCUGUUCCUAUAAAAGAUCCUGUAAGGCCCUCAUGCUCCCGAAGCAAAGCAGAUUCUUCCAGGGCCAGUGGACGGCAUUCCUCCCCAGCCCCUGCCCAUCCCAGAAAGGAGUCUUCCCCCAGAGCUCAGGACUCGGCCUCUCAUUCACCACAGAAGCUGAAGUCAUCUUCUUCCCUCUCUUACAACACUUCCUCCAUACCUGCCAAAAAGGCCUUGGGUCCUGCCACCAGGGGCCCCUUCCCACCUGGGAAGUGCAGGACUUCAGAUAGAAGCUUAAGUAGGGAGGGCUCCAGACAAAGCCUGGUUUCUGACCGAGCCAGUGUUACCUGUAGCUCCAAACCCAGCUCUCCUCGGGUGAGCCAGGCCAGGGCAGGGGAGGGCCAGGGGGACGGGAAGCAUGUCAGGAGCUCCUCUAUGGCUAGCCUGCGCUCCCCCAGCACAACCACGAAGGCUGCUCUGAAGAGGGAUAGCAAGUCGGAUGAAAAGGGGCUCUCCUUCUUCAAGUCAGCCUUGAGACAGAAGGAAACCCGGCGAUCCACUGACCUUGGCAAGACGACCUUGCUUUCUAAGAAGGCAGGUGGUAGCUCUGUCAAAUCGGUCUGUAAGAAUGCUGGGGAUGACAAGGCAGAGAAAGGGCACCAGCCUCCAGGUUCCCAGCAGCCAAAUGCCAGUUCAGUUGGAAAAGAGCAGCUUAUCUCCAAGGACCUUGCUUCUGCUAGACAUUCCCUGUUAUCCAGUCGCAAAUCGAAGUCUUCCCAGCUAGACUCUGGAGCAGCCUCGUCUCCUGGUGGCAGGCAGCCCACUGAGAAGCCCUCCCAGAAGUUCCCGUCGAGCAUGCCAGCCUCUGCACGGCCUUCCCAGAAACCUCAGUGACAUUGCUGCACUCUCUGUGUUUUCCCUGUAAAGAUGUUUAUUUAUUUAGAACCCCUUUUCUCCCACCAAAGCCCUCUAUGCUUUUGUUUUGUAUUUUUUGGGUCAGGUGCCUGAUGUGUGUGCUUGUGUGUGUGUGAGUAUGUGUGUGUGCAGAAUUCAAUUGCAAAUUGUUAAAAGUGUCGCCUUAUUCUGCCAUUGAACCAAAUAACAGCCAUAGGCAAAGUAUCAAUAGUGAGCUAACUGGAAAUAUAGAUGAUAACCUGGACUGUCCCUUUACCAGUUGUACAUACUUCUUUCUAGAGAACUCUGAUGACUUGUUGGACACUAGGGUUUUGAACCUGUGAACCAGUUAAACUAUUGUUACUGUGCUCUGUCCAAGGAUGAAUUAUUUGACUUGGGUUUCAAGUGAGCAGGAUUUGUUUUUACUGUGGAUUGUUAUGUGACACCAGGAGUUCUAAAAACUGUGACACUAACAGUGAAACAAACCAAGAGAAAACUUGUUUUCUGCACUUUGGCCCCAUUUACCAGUCUUUGUAAAGGGCAAUAUUUUAACACUAAUGUUUCUCAGGUAUAUACUCAGCUAGACUAGGAUGGAUGUGUAUCCAUUAAAGAGGAUUAAAAGCAUUAAAGAGGAAGGUGGCCUGUCCAUGACUGUCAUUUCUCCCACUGCCACACAUGGAAAUUUUUAGAAGUAGAAGUGGUUUUUCACUACUUUCAUAUCUGCAAAGAUGUGUGUACCUUAGGCAGUGUUGACUUGGAAUAUGUCCCAAGAUGUCAAAUUGGAUAUCUAUAAAGCCAGUCACUAAUAGUUACAUUUUUUUUCAUUCUAAAUUUGUUAGUGAGUUGUUGGGAUUUUGAAAUGGAGUAGAGCAGUUAACACUUUUGAAAGAUUCCUGGGGGUGGGAGGAGUGGAUUCUUAACUGGGUGAAGCUGUACCAUCUUCCUCCUCUAUUGUUGUUUUUCUGUUAGAAAUUGGAAGCUCCAUGCCCACCCUGUGCUCAUGUCCACAUUUCCACAAAGUCUUACUAAGUCAUAGAGAGGAAAGAAGUUGCAGAAGGCCCAAAGUCAGUGAUGGUUGAAGUGAUGUGUAACAAAGUAUUACAUGUACACUCCUGAUCCUGCCUGUCGAACCCAGUAUGACUGUUUUUCAGUAAUUCAUUUAUUUCUUCUCUGUUUAAUAUUUAAUCUCUUAUCCUGAACUCGACAGGAUUGGAGCAUGUUCUGUGUGGUACUGUCCAUGCAAAUUGCAUUUCUUGGUUAGAAAAAAAGAACCUCACAGAAAUCUCACAGAUAAGUGAGACACAUGGUUUUCCAAGCUUUCUGGAGGCACCUUGGCAAUUUUAGGUGUUUUUUCCUCUUUUUUCUAAAUGUCAAGAGAGUCAUGGUUUUGAUUUUGUUUGUAUAGCAGUUGUCAUUUUACCAUGAAGUACAGCAGGCUUUGUUUAUAUGCUCUUAAAUACUAACUUAAAAAAAAUAGACUCUUUAAGUUCUUCCUCAACUUCUGGUACACAGACGCAUUUAUAAACUCUUUUCAGCACUGCUGUGCAUGAGGUAACUAGACACAUACACAUGCACUGCUAUAAAUUCUGCACUGCCUUUUUUCCCCCAUGAACACCUUUUGGGAAAUGUUUUGAGUAGGUCACUUAAGUUUAUUUUGCUGCUAAUUUGAGCAUUAGGUAACUUGCAAGUUCGGAGGCUAUUUAUGUUGAGGGUAGCUGGAAUUUUAUACUCCUGUGAUAGUUAAGACUCACCUUUUAAGCUUUGCUCCAUGAAAUUGACUGAACACAGGUCUGUCCCUUGUACUCAGUCCCGUCACUGUCUUACUGUCCAGGUGUCUGUGGCUCUCCAAAGUGGCACUGUUGUCAUUUGUGGUAGUGUGGCCUCCAGUAUCCAGCUGCCUGUGGUAUUACUGUUGCUUCCUGUGGCACAUUGGCAGCCAGUCAGUGUGUAGCCACUGCUGGUUUCCCUGUAUCACUUUUUUUUUAAUUAGAAAAAAAUUGUUUUAAUCCUCACCUAAGGAUAUAUUUAUUGAUCUGAGAAAGAGAGAAAGAGACAGAGACAUCAGUCAGCUGCCUCCCAUGUUUCCUGACCAGGGCUCAAACCUGCAACCUUUCAGUGUACAGGACGAUGCUUCAACCAGCUGAGCACACAGCCAGGGAUGUAUCACUUUUAUUUCCUGGAAAAGAUGCACCAAAUAUGGGGUCAUCAGUAUUAGGAAUUCAAUAUUUGUCUAAUUUGAACCUAUCGUCUUUCUUUCACAGGCAAAUCACAUUUGAAAUCUAUCUGCAGCUCUGCAAAGUCUUAGAAUUAUAAUUUGGCUACAUAAAUGGUUUUAUUAACUGUUGGGAGGCUGUAAUCAGUUAAGCAUUAAUAGAAAGUAGUUUAAUUUUAACAGUGGUAAAUAUUUUUAUUCUUGAGUGUUUCAAGAAUGGAUUUUCCAUGUGGUUUAGAGUCCUAAAACAACUACAAAGUCCUUUGAUUUUUUUGAGAUCUAGAAAUAAAAUAUUAGUAUCUAUAAAUCGUAUGUCUAUGGAGUUGAGUCCUUGUUUCAUAUUUCAAUGGAAAAAAUCAGGAAGUACUGGGUCAUUGUCUAGGCAUGUUUAUGAUAUUACAUUUCUGUGCUUAGGUGUGAAAAUAUUUAUCCCUAACUACCAGGUACAACCUUUAAGCCACUGAGGAUAUUUGCCUAGAAGUUUGGAGGUGCUGUUUGAGGUAUAAAAUACAGGAAAUUGUUACUUGGUUCAGUUCAUUUCUUUGAUAGGUUAGGGACUUGAUGUUUGUUUUGUUUUAUUUUCUCGACAAUGUUUGGUGCAAUGGGUAAACAUGUGUUUGCGGUUAAAAAUCACCUGCUGAGGAUGGUGGGCCUGGGUGUCUGAUUGACAGCCAGGUGGGCUGAUUGAGCAUUCAUUGUUGAGUCAGCAUAGAAUAAUCACCAACCAUGGAGCUGCAUCUGUAAAGUUUGCCUGUUUUUUUAAAAAAAGUCUUAUUCUUGAUUUCUUCUCUGGUAAACAUCCAGUGAACUGAGGCUAUAUCAUUCCUUAAAACAGCCCUGUGCCUUGCCUUUGUAAUCCUCUAUCUAAUGUGGAAGCACAGGGGAACUGUUAAGUUCACUUUAUGUCAAGACCAUCUCCCACCCCUUUUGUAUUUUCUCUCCCUAAAAGCAGCCUAACUGGACCAGUAGUAUGGUUGGGGUAAAGUAUUGCAACUAUCUGUGUAAUCAUUCUUUCAUUAUUCAUUUGUUCAUUCUGCGAACAUUCAUGGAGGGCCUGCUGUGCUUGUGCAGGCUAGUUGCAAGCUUCAGAAUUGCCUUGGCUGAGGACCCCUGGGAGCACAGCUGGUGGACGGGGGUGCCGGUGAUGUCCUGAAUGGAGUCCUCUUGAACAAAAGAGCAAGCAGAUUCUGGUGAAUUAGCCAAGGCUGCUGGUCCUCCUGAACAAGUAUGUUCUAGAAACCAAAAGUGCCCUUCUUCAUCUCUGGAGACAUUUUCCUCCACAUCCACUUUCAGACUGAGCUAUUUCUAUUACUUAGGGGUAGAAAAUCCUUGAUGAAGUCAGUUCUCAUUAGAAUUUUCUCAUCCAUGUUGGUAUGAGAUUGAUGUGGGGGUUUUUUGUGUUUUUUUUUUUUUUGAAGGGGUGGGGUUGAAAGAAAAAUUGCCAUCCCUCUAAAAUAACUAUUAUAAAAAUCAUAGAAACAACAUGUAAAGGAAAAUAGUGUUAGCCUUCAGGAAAAUGGAGCAGAGAAGAGCUGUGAACAAAGCUUAUUUAUUUCAAAUAAACAUGUUUUUAAAAUAUAUUGACAUCUGAUGUCAAUUCCAUUGUGACAAUUACUGAACAGCUGAAGAUACUGUUUUCUAUGGAGAUUGUUAUAAUUAUUGUAUGCAAAGAUAAUUAGUGUUUCUGGUUGAAAUUUUGAGAUAGCUAGCAAAUCAUUAGUAUAAUUUCAAUAAAACACAUAUUUUGUGAGGUAAUUGAACUUUAUUUGCUAACUAACCAGUGCCGAUGUUCUAACAUAAACACAAAAGUUAGCUGUGCUUGUGCAGGCUGUCUUUAAAGGGUGCAUUAUUGGUAAACCUGAUGACUAUUUUGGGGGAAAUCCUAGUGGGUAGUUAAUUUGGUCAGCUCCCAGAGUGUGUGUUUUACAGCUGCCUUUGAGCGUGACCAGUCAUUUCUUCCCCAAGUAAUGAGGGCAAUUGCAUGGCCUCCAUCUAACCCAGAAAGCAUGCUCUUCCUAUGCAAAGCAGCUAAUAAACAAUAUCCACUACACUAAAUAAUAUGUUUUUAAAGGCAACUUAGAUUAUGGAACUCCAAUUUUGAAUUUGUAAUUUAUUAAAUGUGGUUUAAUAAUUAGUAUAGAGGAGCAGGAAUGUGGUUUCUUGUUUUGCUUUGCGCAUGUUUCUCUUGGCCAAUUUUUUUUAAUUGGUGAGGCUGUAAAAUAAGUAACUUACAGGAAUGGAGCUGAGUAUGUUGAACAUGCUGGUUUAUAUACUAUAUAGAAAUGUUCUAAAAGUAACUUGCCAUUUUUCAUAGAUUUAAAUUUUUUUAUAUCUUCUAAGGUCCUAUCACAUAGUCACAAGGAGAGAACAUGGCUUCUAAUAGUAUUAACACUUUUUAAAUGCUUUUGUAGAGACAUGGAGCUAUUUUGGAAAGUUUUGAGUUCCCCAGCCACUAGUCACAUGAAGACUAAACUUGUGGGAUUUAUGGUGGCAUCGUAGGAUGAAUUAGUUUCUAGAUCUAUCUCACAUUCAUUUUAAUCCAGUGUUGCCCAUUUUGGGGAGAAAUGAGAUCUGUAAUGGACUUGGGAGGCUUUUUCAUAUCUCAACAAGACUGUCCCCAAGAUUCUGUGAAGCUUCUUCUGAAUGACUUGUCUGAGAUUGUUACCCAACAUUUAAGAGUCUUGUCUAGGAAACUUUUAAAAAUACCUAGGUCCCUCCCACUCGCAGGCUUUUCAUGUAAUGAGCAUAGGGCUAGGUCCCAGGAAAGACCACAUGUGUUAAAGCUUCUCGUGAUUCUGGUGUGCUGUCAGAAUUGAGCACUGCUGAGAAAUAGGGCAAGAAUCUCUUGGGAGUGACAGAUUCCUCUGUGUGUGAUGGAGAAGAAAGAAAAAAAAACAUUGAAAACUGAUAUCAACCUCCUUUUUGAAUUCUGGGGGAUUUUCUGAUUGGAGGCCCAAUUUGGGAGUUUGGAGCAUUUGGUAAGUGUCCCAGCACUUGCCAGUCUGGUGGGAAUUGGUGCUCUAGUCU